AUGGCCAACAGUGAAAUGCGCCGAGUAAUUAUAGACGUUGAUGUUGGAACAGAUGACGCAUGGGCGCUUCUGCUGCUGUUGAAAUGCGAGAAGAAAUACAGAUUCAAGGUCGACGCAAUAACUUGCACUCAUGGUAACACGGAUGUUACACACGGAGCCCGAAACGUACUUCGAAUGUUAACAGCGAUCGGACGUCUAGAUGUCCCAGUGUACAAAGGUGCUACGGAGCCAAUAGUCACGGCCGUACCAUUUCGAGAGAAACCAUUUCACGGAAUUGAUGGAUUCGCCGAUUUAGAUUUAAACGAUACGGUUGAUGAGAGUUUGAUAAAACCAGAACAUGCGGUAAACGAGCUAUAUCGUCGAAUUCAGAGUGAGGCAGGCGCAAUGUCGCUAGUUUUCAUUGGGCCACUGACUAAUCUAGCUCUGUGUAUAAAACUCUACCCAGAAAUUCGCAGCAAGAUACGCGAGUUGUACAUCAUGGGUGGAAACCGGUAUGGCAUGGGCAACGUAUCAAAGUCUGCGGAGUUUAACUUUUGGUCCGAUCCGGAAGCGGCUCACAUUGUGUUCAAUAACGUGCAGUGUCCCAUCACGUUACUUCCCUGGGAGACAUGUUUGUCGGAGCAGAAGACCAUACCGAUGGAAUGGCGAAUUAAAGUGCUUGGCAAUACGAGCAACCGAGCUGUUCAGCUUUUAAACCAGGCAGAGGGCAAGAUCUUUGCUGGGCGACCAUUCUGGAGACCGUGUGAUGCAUUUUUGGCUGCUGUUUUCGUCGAUCCGGAUAUAGUGGAAAGUUCGGAAAAUUUUCAUGUUGAUAUAGAAUUAACAGGACAGCUGACCAGAGGUCAGACGGUAUUGGACCAUUUGAAGUCCAAUCGGGAAAACGUGAAACUGAUGGAAAAGUUAAAAACCGAACAAUUCAAAAUGUUGAUGCUAUAUGCUGCUGAUCACGAGGUAGAGCAUAAGUUGUAACGCAGUUUUACAUUAAACUGUUAUGAAUCUGCGUUCGAAAGUUGAACUAUGUUAACAUGAACUUCAAAAUUUUUUUGUCUCAACGUCUUAACACUCCGAAUAUUCCCUGGUCAAU